AUGGUACUUCUGGUCAAGUGCCAUUCAUUGAAGAAGAACAACAGCGAACGAAUAUAUCAAUAUAUCAGGCAUAUUAUUAAUCGCAAAUUAAAGAAGCAUAAUACUAUGGCUGGUGGACAUUUUAAAAUUGUGGCGAUUUUAAAGAAAAGAGGCAGUUCGAUAAUACUAGAAUAUUCCUAUGUGCCAUACCAGUGGGAAAAGGAUGGAAUCCUUUAUUGGCCGAAAAGAAAUAUUUUGUCCUUGCGAAAAGAUCCAACGAGCACGUAUGAAUCUGACUGGGAACAGUAUAAAUGUAAAGUAAAAAAGGAUAAUAUCGUGGGAAUUGACGAAGCCGAACUGUGGGAGGAAGAGUACACUGAACCAAAACUGUCACGCAUAUGCAAAACGUGCGGUAAAGGAUUUACGACGAAAUGGAAUUUGCGACAACAUGAGUACACUCAUACAGGCGAAAAACUUUAUAAAUGCAAACUUUGUGAAGAUAAAUUUAGGCUAAAACAACAUCUAGGAAAGCACGUGAUUGCAAAGCAUUGCAAUGAUGAACGUUACAAGUCUAAUAAACACCUGUAUGCUGGCGGCGUAUCAUACAAAUGCAAAACGUGUAAUAAAGAGUUUAAAUAUGAAUCGGCAUUGUAUAGACAUGAAAGAACUCAUAAUGGCGAAAAACCCUUCGAAUGCGAAUAUUGUGGGAUAAGAUUUUCGCAAAAAACUACCCUAGAACAACACGUAGUGGCACAUCAUUUCAAUGAGGAGCGUUACAAGUCUAAUAAACACAUAUAUACUGGUGGCGUAUCAUUCAAAUGCAGAACGUGUAAUAAAGAGUUUAAAUAUAUAUCGGCAUUGCGUAGACAUGAAAUAAUUCAUAAUGGCGAAAAACCCUUCGAAUGCGAAUAUUGUGGGAUAAGAAUUUCGCAAAAAAAUAACCUACGACGACACAUAGUGAGAAAGCAUUUCAAUGAGGAGCGUUACAAGUCUAAUGAACACCUAAAUGCACCUGAUGAAGUAUCAUACAAAUGCAAAACGUGUAAUAAAGAGUUUAAUAAUAAUUCGGCAUUGUGUAGACAUGAAAUAAUUCAUAAUGGCGAAAAACCCUUCGAAUGCGGACAUUGUGGGAUAAGAUUUUCGCAAAAAUGUAACCUACAACGACACGUGGUGGCAAAGCAUUGCAAUGAGAAGCGUCACAAGUCUAAUAAACACCUACAUACUGGUGGCGUAUCAUACAAAUGCGGAACGUGUAAUAAAGAAUUUAAAAAUAAAUCGGCAUUGAGUAGACGUGAAAGAAUUCAUAAUGGCGAAAAACCCUUCGAAUGCGAACAUUGUAGGAUAAGAUUUUCGCAAAAAGGUAACCUACGACGACACAUAGUGACAAAGCAUUUCAAUGAGGAGCGUUACAAGUUUAAUAAUAAACACCUAUAUACUGAUGGCGUAUCAUACAAAUGCGGAACGUGUAAUAAAAAGUUUAAAAAUAAAUCGGCAUUGCUUGAUCAUGAAAGAAUUCAUAAUGGCGAAAUACUUUAUCAUUGUGAGAUUUGUAAAAAAAUGUUUAGCACAAAAGAAAACCUAAGAGCGCACGUGGUGGCAAAGCAUAACAAUGACGAACGUUACAAGAUUAAUAAGGACCUAUACACUGGAGGUGUAUCAUACAAAUGCGGUACAUGUAAUAAAGAGUGUAGAAGUAAAUGGCAGUUGAGUGUUCAUGAAACGAGUCAUAAAGACGAACAACGUUAUUAUUGUGAAAUUUGUGGAGAAAUGUUCAGAUAUAUUUCAUCUCUAAAACGGCAUAAAAAGUUAAUUCACUCGAAUAACUUUAAUGUUAUUACUAGGGCUCGCUAUUAUACGUUUAAACGAAAACACGUAUAA